AUGGAGAAUUAUGAAAUAUUGGAGCACAUUGGUAAAGGUUCCUUUGGGUCAGCUAUACUGGUGAGGCAUAAACAUGAAAAGAAAAGAUAUGUGUUGAAGAAAAUUCGUCUUGCUCGGCAAACUGACAGAACCCGUAGAUCAGCACACCAGGAGAUGGAGCUGCUUUCCAGAGUACAAAAUCCAUACAUUGUCGAGUAUAAAGAAUCUUGGGUGGAAAAGGGUUGUUAUGUGUGCAUUGUAAUUGGUUACUGUGAAGGAGGAGACAUGGCGGAAGCGAUUAAAAAAGCAAAUGGCAUUCAUUUUUCAGAGGAGAAGCUUUGCAAAUGGCUUGUCCAAUUGCUAAUGGCGCUUGAAUAUUUACAUGCGAAAUAUAUUCUUCAUCGUGAUGUCAAGUGCUCCAACAUAUUUUUGACCAAAGAUCAAGACAUCCGUCUAGGUGAUUUUGGUCUUGCUAAAGUAUUGACUUCUGAUGAUCUUGCCUCCUCAGUAGUUGGCACUCCAAGCUACAUGUGCCCUGAACUUCUUGCAGAUAUACCUUAUGGUUCCAAGUCAGACAUCUGGUCUUUGGGAUGCUGCAUGUAUGAAAUGGCUGCCUACAAGCCUGCGUUUAAAGCAUUUGACAUGCAAGGUCUAAUCAAUAAAAUAAACAAAUCUAUAGUCGCACCCCUUCCCACUGUCUAUUCUGGUGCAUUUCGAGGCCUUAUUAAGAGUAUGCUAAGGAAAAAUCCUGAGUUCAGACCAAGUGCUGCGGAUUUGCUCAGACACCCACAUUUGCAACCCUAUGUCCUACAAAUCCAUCUGAAAUCUGAUAGGCCUAUUCAGCACACCUUUCCAGUUCAAUGGCAUAAUAAUAACCCUGUCAAGAAAAUUAGAUUUAUAGAGCCUGAGAUUGUUACUGCAGUAUCUGCAAAAGGGAGAAGACAAUCAGUGGGCAAUAAUAGAGCCCUGAAUCCCAGUAUCUCUGGAACUGAGUUGGACUCACCAUAUUCUUCUCCUAGAGUCAAACAUCUUACCAAUUUUGUGGGCAAGAAAUUUUCCGACCUGUCUGUAAAUAGCACCAGUGAUGACUUUGGUGUUACAAAGUUGACACCUUCAAAGGUAGCGUCUUCUGCCAAAACACGAAAUUUGAGUGCAGCAAAAGUUUCUUUGACCCCUAGGAUACAGAUAGUUCCAUCAAAGAUUUCGAAUCCUGGUUCAACUCGUGAGCUGCUCCCUGUAUCACACACCCCCACAAAUAAACCAUCCAGAAUGACUCGAAGAGCAUCUCUUCCAAACCCACCCAGAGCUUUCAAUUUGAAGGCACCGAACAAGCCUAUUGGUGGCCUCCUCCACAGUCUUGAUUCUCCAAAUGUCUCUGUGAAUGCUCCCCGAAUGGAUAAGAUGGUAGAAUUUCCAUCAUCAUCAUCUGUGGAUAACUUAUUCCCUGAUCACAGAACUUCAUCCACUUCUGCUCAAUGCUCUCCUGCCUCACCUUACUGUGGUGAUCUUUCCAUUACCAAAGACAAAUGUACCAUACAAGUUCUCGACAGAACAUUUAGCACUCCAAGGAUCGUUGAAGAUGUAGUUCAACAAUAUGGAAGUGAAUGUUCGGGACAAAAUCCGGCUACCAAUGCAUCAAGUGGAUCGUCUUCAGACUCCCGGCAGCACAGGUUUGACAUGUCGUCAUACCAGCAACGUGCUGAAGCCUUAGAGGGAUUACUCGAGUUUAGCGCACAACUAAUGCAGCAAGAACGUCUGGAAGAACUUGCGGUUCUACUGAAGCCGUUCGGACCAGAAAAAGUUUCCCCGAGAGAAACCGCUAUCUGGUUGACCAAGAGCUUCAAAGGGAAUGUAGCUUGA